GGGAUUCCGAAAUUUUAGGGCCUCUUCACAUUAACCCUGAGAAGAUAGCUUUUUCUUAACCUGACCCCACCCCUUCCUGGGCUGGACUAAUUACGCCCUUGGGUUGCCAAUAUCUAGAGGAUGCGCCAGGGGGCAGUGUGCACCGGGACAUAGUACCUGUGGGGCGCAUGCGCAGCAGAGCGACUAGGCGUGUGUACCCAGUUCCUGGUGCUGCGGUGCUAUGAGCUCCUCACUGCUGCUGACCCUGCUGUCGCUCCUGUCCAGCCCGUGGAUCGAGAUAGGGAAUGGACAGGUGACAAGCAUGGUUAAGCUGCCUGGUGGGAGAUUCCAGAUGGGAACAAAUUCACCAGAUGGCAGAGAUGGUGAAGGACCUGUCCGGGAGGUGACAGUAAAACCUUUUGCCAUCGACAUAUUUCCUGUCACCAACAAAGAUUUCAGGUAUAUCAGGGAGUUUGUCAGGGAGAAAAAGUACCGGACAGAGGCCGAGACGUUUGGGUGGAGCUUUGUCUUUGAGGACUUUGUCUCAGAUGAGCUUAGAAACAAAGCGACUCAGCAAAUGAAGCCUGUUCUCUGGUGGCUUCCAGUGGAAAGGGCAUUCUGGAGGCAGCCUGCAGGUCCCGGCUCUGGCAUCCGAGAGAGACUGGAGCUCCCAGUGGUACACGUGAGCUGGAAUGAUGCGCGGGCCUACUGUGCAUGGCAGGGGAAACGGCUGCCUACUGAGGAAGAGUGGGAGUUCGCGGCCCGAGGGGGCUUAAAGGGUCAGGUUUAUCCCUGGGGAAACAAGUUCCAGCCAAACCGCACCAACCUGUGGCAGGGAAAGUUCCCCAAGGGUGACAAGGCUGAGGACGGCUUCCAUGGGGUCUCCCCAGUGAACGCGUUCCCCCCACAGAAUAACUAUGGGCUCUAUGACCUCGUGGGCAACGUGUGGGAGUGGACAGCGUCACCAUACCAGGGUGCAAACCCGGAUAUGCGUGUCCUCCGGGGGGCAUCCUGGAUCGACACAUCCGAUGGUUCUGCCAAUCACCGGGCCCGGGUCACCACCAGGAUGGGCAACACUCCAGAUUCAGCGUCUGACAACCUAGGCUUCCGCUGUGCUUCCAAUAUAGGCCGACUGCCUGGGGAGCUGUGAGCAGCCACGCACAGCCACGAAGAGUGCCCCGUGGUACCCAUGCCACUCACUGGCCACAUAUCAAACAGCCAAGCUCUUCAACUUCCACCUUCUCCUCCUCUGCCCCUUGUGACGGGCACCUCUCACCUGGUGGCAGGUGGGCGGGAGAGGCCUCUCGCCUCAGGGAGGCCAUGUCUCUUGGUGAAGGGCCCCAACACACUGAUUGUGGCCAGGAGCUGGGUGUUUUUAUUAGAGGUCAAAUAUCAACCAUACAGGGGCCAAGUACUCAAACAAUCAGGGCAGCAUCCUCUUAAAGGCAGUGUGUUAAAAUCCUUUUAAGUCUGUUCCCUUCCCCUUUCUCGGUGUCUGAUUCAGGGACCUGACAUUGUUUCUUAGGGCAGAAUUUCCCCACUUCUCUGUUUUCCCAGCAAAUUGCUGUGGAAAGGAGAUGCUGCCUUCAUUUGUAUAGUGUUUCUGUGUGCCUCUGAAGGCACUUGAUUUCCACUCUCUGUAUGUGAAAUGGAGAAAUGUGGGCUCUUUAAAGCGCAAUUCAGUCUUCAAAGGGUCCAGGACAGUGGUUCUCAACCUUCCUAGUGCCACGACCCUUUAAUACAGUUCCUCAUGUUGUGGUGACCCCCAACCAU